ACAAAAAGACUGGAGUUAAGAGCUGGAGCAGAGGAGCUGAGAGAUAAGGAUCGCAAAGACUUGGCUGUGGAAAGAGAACUUAAUCCCAGAUUAUUGAUGUUUUAUCCUAAACAUGGGACACAACAAGACCAAUCAGAACAAGCUGGUUUAUGUGCAUCCGUUGCAGACAUUGAUAUUCUUAAGAGAUCCUAA